CUGUGAGGAGAUAUGGCCAUCACGUUGCUAUCACGCUUUCCGGACCCGGACAUGACUCGCCUUGAACCCAAACCACGACAACGCGUUGAGUCCUAUUGAGCCCACCACUACUACCAGGACGCGCUUAUUGAUAGCAUAAUGUUCUACUUUCAGGAUUGAAUCUUACUCUUAAACCUAGCCAUACCCUUCUCGCAGCCAUCCCUGCAUAUCGCAGAACUGCAAUUUCCUCCAAUCCAUGACUUCAAUGUCCAAAUCUAUGCCUGGUCGCCACUCGAUUAUUCGUAUACCCAACAUCGCUGACCACUUUCACACAAAUGAACCGCCAGACGAUGUCGACGUUCAAAUCUUCUCAAACACUCUCAGAUCCGCUCAAGACCGGGAACCAUUCUUGCUGGAGGAUAUUCGAUACCUAAAGACCGCACUUGAUCAUCACAUCGAGGAGUUGUCGCGAGUCCAACAGACUAUACGCGAAUACAAGUUUGUCCUAUCACCCGUUCGUCGGUUGCCUGGUGAACUUCUCAUGGAGAUAUUCUUUCAAGUGCUGGGCAGCGAAGACCCUGAGGACGUUCUGGACUUUGACCGUGGAUUAUGGCCCCUUACACAUGUUUGUGGUAAUUGGAGGACCCUUAUCCUCAAUCGUACCUCUUUUUGGACCACGGUUUCUUUACCCGGGCGGAUGCAUUACCCACCUUAUGCUGUACACAUCCUCUCUCUCUUCCUUGAGCGUUCUGGCUCCAGACCAAUCUUUGUCGAAUUCACCUGUCGAGACGUUGCGAGCUUACCUCAGACGUUGUUCGCCGUCCUUGUUGCUCAAUCCAGUCGUUGGGAAACAUGUCGACUGAGAAUCCCUGUCUUCCUAACUACUCAUCUAACAUCGCGAUCCAUCGAACGCGCUCACUUUUUACGCCAUCUAGAUCUCAAUUUAGAUUUAGCUUAUUCUUCUACUCUCACAACAACAUGCAAUAAAAUCUUUACGGGUGCACCAGCGUUGCGUUCUGUGAAACUCACUGGAAUUCCGCUCACAGCAAGUAGUCUGGGGCUUCGUUGGUCGUAUUUGACACACUACAACGUGGCUCAGGACUUUCCUGAGAAACAUCUCCCGAUUUUACGGCUCGCGACCGGGCUGGUAGACUGCACUAUAAAUUGUUCUCUCCCCUGGCGUCAGGAACCACUGGGUUCUGACAUAGUGCCUUUGAGAAAAUUGCAGAGAUUGCAAAUGGAGGGGACGGCCUCUGUUUUAUUGCAGUAUCUGACUGCGCCGGCUCUUCUAUCGUUGAGCGUAGUCCUGCCAGAGACGGGCGAUUCGUUGAAAACUUUCUUGAGUCGAUCACAAUCUCGGCUACAGGAACUCGAAAUUGAGGCUAUUCCAAUGGGAAAUAACAUUUUGGACGCUUUACCUAGCGCGUCAUACUUAAGGAGGCUUGCUCUCAAUGUGUCGGUUCAUCCGGGGCAUCGACAGAGCAUUGUGUUUAAAGACCUUCUCGUUGCUCUGAAAUAUGUUCCCAAUGGUGAUGGUAGUACUUCGGAGUCUACUUCACAAUGUAAUAUCCUUCCCCAUCUGGAGGAACUGGCUCUCAGUGUGUACACUAUUUCAUCGCGGGAAUAUCUCUAUGCGAACGAACUUGUUGCGAUGGUUGCCUCUCGUUCGAAAGUUCCGGGGAAGGUGAAGGAGCAAGCCCCAGUACAGGAGCAGAUAAAAGAGCUUGUGCAAUUGAAGUCAUUUACGUUGGAGACUAAUAGUUAUUGGCUCCCCCCUUUUGAUGCUUUCGUGGAAUUGAAUCAGGAAGGAUUGCAAACAAACAUCCAUUUGCACUGAUUGAGGGAUUUGUCUUGCUGAUGUUCGAACAAAAUUGCUAUUUGAUCUUGGAAUGCAGUCUCAAAAUUCAUACAUAUAAUAUAUCAACUACUGUCU